AUGUGGUUCAUGAGCAACUGUGCACAUUCGAACAGAACAGUGAGAACUAAGGAGGAACUCAGAACUGACUCAACUGAGAUGUUAAAGUCAGAACUCAGAAGUCUCACACAACAGAGAAGAGAAGAGUCCGAGUCUCUGAGAACAAUCAGAACAGCGGAACACUUUGGAAUACUGUCAGUUGUCACAGAGACACGACUCACAGUCUCACAGUCCCUGUCAGAGGCACAGAAUCACACUCUCACAGUCGCUGACUCGCUGACACUCCUGACAGUCGCUGUCCACACUCCACAGUCUGCAGUCCACACUUACAGUCACAGACUCACGGACUCACUCUCUCACAGUCACUAUCCAGCCAGUGUCCACAGUCCACAGUUCCACACUCCACAGUCCACAGUCACAGACUCACGUCCACGGACUAACAGUCUCACAGUCUCAGUCUCACAGUCUCACAGUCUCACAGUCUCACAGUCUCACAGUCUCACAGUCUCACAGUCUCACAGUCUCACAGUCUCACAGUCUCACAGUCUCACAGUCUCACAGUCUCACAGUCUCACAGUCGCACAGUCGCACAGUCUCACAGUCUCACAGUCUCACAGUCGCACAGUCUCACAGUCGCACAGUCUCACAGUCGCACAGUCACACGACUUCUAA